GAAAUGUAAUCUCCCUUCUUUUCCGUUUCUUUCGGGGGUUUGGCUGGGAUGUCUCGGCGUCCGCCGCCUUCUUCCUCUUCCAUGGCGACGACGAUCUUAUCCCUAUCGCAACAGUCAUUCCAGGUUCUUCGGAGGAUGAAAUCAAGAUACAUCUGUCCCUCAUUUGUUCAUGAUGUUCUGUGGAAUAACAUGACCGUCAGUGGUAAGCUUCCACCACUGUUCUCAAUCACACAUUCCAGCACAACACAAGAAUCUUCUCGACAAGGAAAUAUAAUCCAGGACUUGGAGCUCUUUAUAAAGAGUAAGAAGGAUAUUGAAGCAAUUUCAGUGAAGAAAAUUUGUACCGAGUAUAUUGAAAAACUUUGUAGAUCAGGCCAUUUGGCAGAUGCUGCUCAUGUAUUUAGACAUCUACAUGGUGGAGACAUCAACCUGGGUCUGAAUACCUAUAACCUUCUUCUGGCAGGUGCGGUCGAAAUGAAUAAUUUCACUCUUUUCUCUGAGGUCUUCAAGAGUUUGCUAAUGUCUAAAUUGUCUCCUAAUAUUAUAUCUCACAAAAAAGUUGCACAAACUCUUGAAAAGGUAUCCGACUCAAAUGUGAUAUGUGACUUUUUGAAAGAUGUAUCUGACAUAACAAGUUACACAGAUUGUACUGUGAUAAACAGAAUCAUAUACGUGACUGCUAAAUUGGGGAUGAUUGAUAAAAGCUUGAUGAUAUUUGAAGUGUUGAAGAAUCUUCAUCUAAAAAUAGACACAGUCACAUUUAAUACAGUUUUAGAGAUAUUAGGUAAAGGAGGUAGGACAAGCGAGAUGCUAGCUGAGUUUCUGGUGAUGAAAGAUCUUGGACAUGUUCCUGAUAUUAUUACUUAUAGCACAUUGAUCAACAAUUUACGUCGAUUUGGUAGGCUAGAUCUCUGCAAGACAAUUGCAAGUGAAUUAUCCGAGAAAGGAAUUCAAUUAGACUUGCUAACUUAUACUGCCCUAGUUGAUGCAUUUGGACGCUCAGGAAAGGUGGAAGAUGCAUUUUGGAUAUUUGAAGAGAUGAAGAAAUUUCAUAACCCAUCCAUAUAUGCCUAUCGUGCAAUUAUUAGCAACUUGAAAAAGAUGGGAAAAUUUGAACUAAAACUUCGUUUAUCUUCAGAAAUGAACUUGAGCACUACAAAACUUGCUGCUCCAGAAGAAUUUAAACAGAGAAGAAAGAACAGAUGGAAAAUACACUAAGUUGGAUAAGAUGGCGCCGUGCUUUCCUCGUCAACUUUGCUACUGCAGAAGUUAGACAUCUGAUAAAGAUAAAAGCUGCAACAAGAAAAUUCAAGAUCAAAGUUGGAAAAACUUGAUUCACCAAGUACGACACGGAAGUUCCUGUAUGAGAAAAGGUGGAAAGGUUUUUUGGCAGGGAGCAUAAUGAAGUACACAAUAAGAACCCAUCCUGUUA